AUGUAUUUUUCGUUGUUCUUUGCUGCCAUUGCAGCUCUAAUAAAACUAGCCUCUACUCAAGAUGAUCUACCUGGCAAGUUCGAGCCGGCAGGACGAUCUGGCGUUCCUGUCAUGCACGCAGCUCUUCUACCAAAUGGCAAGGUUGUCUUUCUUGACAAGCUCGAGAAAUACACCGAGUCCAAACUUCCUACAGGCCGAUAUGCCUAUUCAGUCGAAUACGAUCCGACCACCCACGAACUGUCUCCACUGUCCUUAUCAUCGAAUGCGUUCUGCUGUGGAGACGGCAGGGUGUUCAUCGCUGCUGGCAGUCUGAAUGGCCUAGACAUUCGGGAUCUUCGAAACAACAAUCCUACCUACGAGUUACUUGACAAACAGGCCAAGUCGUCACAAAUCUUUGACGUUGAUCAAAAUCGCAUCAUUCGUCAAUUGCCUGACCUGAAAGGCCUCAAAAGAACGUAUCCGAAUACUGGUGGAAGUGUUAUGCUGCCGCUGACCAAGCAAAACAACUAUGGGUCACAGAUCAUGAUCUGUGGUGGUGGUGAAAUCGAUGAUAUAUUGAGUACGACAGACGAGACUUGUGGCACCAUCUCACCUAUGUCGACCAAGCCUGAGUGGAAAAUGACCAAAAUGCCUGGUGGUGGUCGGUUGAUGGUUGAAGGCACUCUACUGCUUGACGGCACUGUUUUGUGGUUGAAUGGUGCUAGACUAGGCUGUCAAGGCUUCGGUACUGCCAAUAAUUCAGCAUUGGAAGCACUGAUCUAUGACCCGCAAGCUGAAUCAUGGGCUACUGCAGGCAAGACCGAUAUCCCUCGCAUGUAUCAUUCUGUUGCGCUGAUGCUGUUGGACGGCACCAUCCUAAUAGCUGGCAGCAAUCCAAACGAGAUGCCACUUCCCGAGGAGAACGUGGUUCAAGACAACCCUACGAGAGCAUAUGCUACCGAAUUUCGGGUAGAGAAAUACAUACCGCAUUAUCUGCUCGAGAACAAAGCUGAAAUGAGACCAACUGGAAUGCGCAUUCGGGACAAGAUACUGGUUCCUGGAGGAACUAUCACCACGAUCAGCUUUGACCUGAACUCGAACCACGUGCCCAAAGACGUCAAAGUUCUCCUAUAUCAUGGAGGUUUUGUCACGCAUUCGCUCCAUAUGGGUCAAGUCAUGGUUGAGAUGGAGUCUCUGCCCCCAAAGUUGAAGUAUUCCAGUGGCAACCAGUGGACAGUGGAGGCCAGAGUUCCUGAUAUCAAGAUUGCGCCUGGUCCUUAUGUCAUAUACGUCGUGGUUGACGGUGUGCCGAGCAUUGGCCAGUUUGUGAGCAUACAGAUAUAUUGA